UUGUUAGCAGAAAAACAACGGUAUUCUGUUCUCCAAAACUCCCCUUUUGGCCUUUUCUGUUCCCGGUGCUCUUGCUUCCCUCAAUUUCCUUCUGAAUGUUAUUUCAAUUGAAACCUAAUCUGCCACUUUCUCAUUCUCCUUGCACUCUCCAUUCCUUCACUUCCCCUCUCUCUGAUUCUCGCGGCAAAAUCAACUGAUAAUGCAUCUUGCGCAAAGACUCGCCAAAUCGACAAGCUAGGGUUUCCUCCAGAAAAUUCGGUUCUCGCCGGGGUUUUGGGGAGGAGACGCAGUCGCCGGCAGCAAUGGCCACCAGCUUGCAGAUGAGCCCUCAGGUGGAGCAGAUCCUCGGCGAAAUCCGCGAUAACUUUCGAUUCCUGGCAAAUGGCUUCCAAAGGCUUGAUAAGAUUAAAGAUUCCAAUAGACAAAGCAAGCAGCUGGAAGAACUCAAGGAUAAGAUGGUGGAGUGUAAAAGGUUGAUAAAGGAGUUUGAUCGAGAAAUUAAAGAUGAAGAGGGAAAAAAUCCCCCAGAAGUGAACAAGCAACUUAAUGAUGAAAAGCAAUCAAUGGUUAGUGCCGAAAACCUUUCUAUUUUGGAUGCUCACGUUUUGGAAGGGGUACAAUAUCUUCAACUUCAAAGUAUUAUGAAUGUGGCGAUAUUUUUCUUUUCACAUCUUUGUAAAUGAUUUGCAUUGCUAAAUGUGGGUCUCAGGCUUUUUCAUCAUGAUCUAGGGUGAGGUAGAUUUGGUUAUUCUCAUGCUCGCUCAUAAAACUUUAAAAAAUCCUAGAAAACGUUGAAAACUAUAAAAAAUU